AUGAAUCCUGUCAAAUUGGACCAUCCACGGCUCCAAAGUCCUCCCGAAGUCCUCCCGAAGUCCUCCCAAAGUCCUCCCAAAGUCCUUCCAAAGUGCUGGUGCUCCUUUGCAGAGCGCGGGGGGCAGAGUGAGGCUGUGGCGGGCCCGUCCCAGCCUGGAAUGGCCGUGGAGCCGUGGUGUGUGGGAGAGAGCAGAGAAAGGCAGAGAGAAGCUGCUGAGAUGGAGUGGGAUGAUGGGACAAUGCCGGCGGCCCACCUCUGCUGUUAUGGAAAUGAAGAAACCGAGUUGAAACACAGCUGCGUGUGGAUGAUGCUCAUGAAGAGGAGCGGGGCAGGGUUCCCUCCUGGUGCUCCUCGGGGGGCUGUGUGGGCGGACGCCGGGCCGGCAGAUGGAUGGCUGCUCCACAUCUGGGUUGACUUUCCUGCAGAGAUGACUUCUAACAACGGGGUUGCGGUGAAACGAGAUGAAAAAGGUCGGAAUAUUCAAGUGGUGGUCAGAUGCAGACCGUUCAACACGGUGGAGCGUAAGUCUUCUCACGGUGUGAUCGAGUGUGACCAGAGCAGACGGGAGGUGCUGGUGCGGACGGGAGGCCCCAAUGACAAGGCCACCAGGAAGACCUACACCUUUGACAUGGUGUUUGCUCCAGCAGCCAAACAGAUCGACGUGUACCGCAGUGUGGUGUGCCCCAUCCUGGACGAGGUCAUUAUGGGAUAUAACUGCACUGUCUUUGCGUAUGGUCAGACUGGGACUGGGAAGACCUUCACCAUGGAGGGGGAGAGGAGCCCAGACGGAGAGUUCACCUGGGAAGAGGACCCUCUGGCCGGCAUCAUCCCCAGGACUCUGCAUCAGAUCUUUGAGAAGCUGUCUGAGAACGGCACAGAGUUCUCGGUGAAAGUGUCUCUGUUGGAGAUCUACAACGAGGAGCUGUUCGACCUCCUGAGCCCCGGAGACUACACCAACGAGAGGCUGCAGCUGUUCGACGACCCGCGCAACAAGCGUGGCGUGGUGGUCAAGGGUCUGGAGGAGAUCACGGUCCACAACAAGGACGAGGUUUAUCAGAUCCUGGAGAGAGGCUCCGCCAAGAGGAAGACUGCCUCCACGCUCAUGAACGCAUACUCCAGCCGUUCCCAUUCAGUGUUUUCCGUCACCAUACACAUGAAGGAGAUCACUCUGGACGGGGAGGAGCUGGUGAAGAUCGGAAAACUCAAUCUGGUGGACCUGGCGGGCAGCGAGAACAUCGGGCGCUCGGGAGCAGUGGACAAACGCGCUCGUGAAGCCGGGAACAUCAACCAGUCUCUGCUCACGCUGGGACGGGUCAUCACUGCUCUGGUGGAGAAGAGGCCUCACAUCCCGUACAGAGAGUCGAAGCUGACGAGGAUCCUGCAGGACUCUCUGGGAGGACGGACCAAGACCUCCAUCAUCGCCACAGUGUCUCCUUCCUCCAGCAACAUCGAGGAAACUCUGAGCACUCUGGAGUACGCCUGCAGAGCCAAGAACAUCAUGAACAAACCGGAAGUCAACCAGAAGCUCACCAAGAGGACGCUGAUCAAGGAGUACACAGAGGAGAUAGAGAGGCUGAAGAGGGACCUGGCUGCAGCGCGGGACAAACAUGGAGUUUACCUGUCCACAGAGAACUAUGAGUGCAUGCUGGGACAGAUCAGCGCUCAUGAGGAGCUGGAGGCAGAGAGUCUGGAGAGGAUCAGUGCGAUGGAGGAGGAGAUAAAGAAGAUCACGGAGCUGUUUGAGGACAGUAAGAUCAAACUGGAGCAGUGCUCGGUGCAUCUGGAGGAGAAGCAGCAAAGAUUGCAGGAGACUGAGGAGAAGCUGAACCAGGAGCAGUUUGUUUGCUCCGAGCUCACGGUGGCUCACGAGUCUCUCUACAACACAGCAGGACAGCUGCUACACACAGUUGACGCCAGCACCACUGAUGUGUCCGAGCUACACAACAAACUGGAGCGCACCAAAAAGGUGGAGCAGCAUAACCAGCAGAUGAAGCAGAGUUUCAGUCAGAGGAUGGAAGGAGCCUUCAGUCAGAUCCAGCUCUGUGUCCAGCAGCAGAGUUCCAAACAGCAGGAGAUGCUGAGCUCCUGCUCCAGGACCAUCGACGGCCUGGUGCAGACCAAUGAGGCGGCUCUCCACGGCUCCCUGACCACGCUGCAGAGCUUUGUGUCCGGCGUGAGCGGCGUGGUGUCUGAGGGAGUGAGCCGCUGCAGGGAGCGAGUGAAGGAGCAGCUGAGUCUGAGCCAGAGGGAGCGGGACGUCCUGCUGCAGCUGCUGGAGGAGCAUGAGCAGGACCUGGAGGAAGUCCUGGUGACCCGCACUCUGCUGGGUCUGUCUGCUGUGAAGGAGCUGGGACUGUCCCUGAGGACCAGCUCACAGGGCCAGAGGGAGCUGGCCGAUAAGGUGGAGGCCCUGAAGGAGUCUGCCGUCUUCUUCUCGUCUCAGGCUCAGGAGCUGCAGCUGCUGAGACAGAGGACCAUGGAGCAGCUGAGCCGUCUGCAGGAGGAGCACCAGCAGCUGGAGCAGAACCUGGCCCAGGCCCAGGACCUGCACCGCACGAGAAUGAAGAGGCUGCAGGAGCAGCUGAGUCUGGAGACAGAGGAGACACAAACAGACUUCAGCAGACUACACUCUGCCUCCAGAGGCCUGGAGGCGACACUGCAGGGCCUGAGGGACCACAUUGACAGUGGUAGCCGGUCCUCAGAGCAGCAGCUGACCUCUCAGGCAGAGCUGCUCUCCUCUUCCUCUUCCUCUUUGGCCUCUUCGCUCCGACACAACACAGACGACCAGCUCCAGACUCUGGACGAGCUGACGGCCAACUGCGACCACGUGCACGCCGCAGUCUCCGGUCUGGUGCAGAGGGACCUGCGGUGGGUCUCCAGGACCCGGGACCAGGCUCACACCAAGGCCCAGGAGCAGAUGAGUCUCCAGGACGGCCUCUCCACAGACGUCCUGGAUCUACAGCAGAGUGUGGAGGCCGUGUGCUUGCAGCAGGAGUCCAGCUCAGAGCGGCUCCGGUCUGAGUCGCAGCAGGUGAGCGACUCCCUGAGAGCCCUGCAGAGCCUGAUGAAGGAGCAGCAGGAGGUCGUGCAGCAGCAGGAGGUGGAGCUGCAGCAGGAGGUGCAGAGCAGUGAGAGGCUGGUGACCGGCUUCAUCCACGAGGAGCUGCAGCAGGACGUCUCCACAGGAGCCACGCCUCAGCGCAGGGACUUUGUGUUCCCUCGGGAGCUGGUGAAGGGUCGGAGUCGCUCUGAGCUGUUGGAGAGUCUCCGGAGGGAACAGGAGAGACUGCAGGAGGCUCUGGAAGAGGAGGAGGAGGAGGAGGAAGAGGAGGCCCUAGGCUCAGCAGAACAGGACUCUCUAGAGGACGAGCCCAGCACCUGUAACGACAGCUGUGCCACAGAACCCUCCUUCAUCGACGAGAACCUGGUCUUUAACCAGAGCCAGCGGGUCCCGUUCUUUAAGAAAAAGAAGAGCAGUCGUAAAGAGUCGAAGCUUCAGUCUCGGUCUAAAGCGGCAGAGAGCGAGACGCCGCAGACGUCCAGACUCCCGCUGCGCUGCCAGAACUGA